AUGGCUACCUACAGCCUGGCGCACGAGCGACUACGCGCCCUGGAAGACAUCGAACGGGAAAUCAGCGCCAUCCUUCAGAAUGCAGGUACGGUGAUCCUAGAAUUGUCCAAGGCAAAAACCAACCAGCGGCUUCUAGAGCUGCAGGCGGCGGCCUUCACCGCUUCCAUGCAACACGUGGAGGCGGAGCUGUCAGCCCGGAUCCGCCACCUCACCCGGGUGGCCACAGGGCAGCCCCAUGAGGGCUCCAGCUGCUCUUUGAGGAAGGACUGUCAGAUGGCUCUGAAGCCAGUGGGCUAUGCUCGCCUCAGGCUCAGUGAUGUGGCUCGAACCUGUGAGCAGAUGCUGGAGAACUAG